AUGGAUCGACCCAAACCUUCACUUGCCACUCGCAUGUCGAAGGCCGCCACUGAUUUCCAAUUUCCAAAGGCAACCUUCUAUCGUCGUUGGCCACCUCCGUUGGACCGCCUCCCUGAAGUUCCUACGCCUUUUGUGGACCUUCUAGAUGCUUUUACGUCUUUUUGUAUUUAUAAUAGAACUCCGGUGAAACUUCUCAUCCACCAAGUUUCGUUCUACAUUGCAGUCAUGUCUCUUCUUACCAUGGGCCAAGAACACAGAGGCACUAGGGCAAACAUUGCCUCAUUCGAUCCCAAGAAAUUUCGUCAACGUUCACACCCAAUGCCUUAUCCAGACCCAUGGUGCGUACCUUACAUAGAGCGUGCGGGUUUCGGUCAUGUUAUGCAUGUCGUAAAUGCCACAAUUGAUGUCAAAUUCAUUUUGGCUCUGUGUGAACGUUGGAGACCUGAGACACACACUUUUCACCUACCAACUGGUGAAUGUACCGUCACAUUAGAGGACGUGUACAUGCUUUUGGGUCUUAGAAUAGAUGGUAAGCCUGUGACCGGAAAUGUUCAACAGCCUAACCAAAUAUGUGUUCAAAUGUUGGGGGUAGAUCUGGUCGAGGGUGAGGGGUCUGCCAAAGCAAGGGGUCAGGGUAUUAAAUUAUCUAGCCUACAAUUGUACCACGACUCCAUAACUUUGACUGAGGAAUCCUCCGAACAAGAAAAAGUCAUAAAAACCCGGGUUUACAUUAUGCUAUUGUAA